AUCGAGGCAUCGAGUUCAGUAGCUGAACACUAUAUCAAACACUAAGAGUGCCACCCGUAGACGUAUUGAAAUUGGUUUUUAUGAUGGAUAAGUGUUGAUAAGUCGUGAGUUUCCAACGUGGGCUGCUGCAAGAAAGUGAUGUUUGGGAUUUCUAUGUUCUCUUUGUUUAUGGUAAAGCAACUUUCUGUGGGCGUUGGCAACCAUUUACCAUUUUCAGGGACCAGUAUGGAAGAAGACAGCCCAGCAGGAUGAGAAACUUGAGAUUCUCGUGAAAUCCCACCAUUUUCUUGGCCUUUUUUCUCUCUUCCGUUUCCAGUUUUCAUGGCCAAGAAAGUAUUAAGCUUGUGCCGUGGAUCGAUGUCUCUGAAGUUGCAGCUCUCCUUUCUCAUCAAGUCGAUCCCUUGAUAUCUGCUCCACAUAUAUAUAUAUAUAUAUGUCCUCUUAGUUUGCAGCUGGUUUUCGUAUUUGUAAAUUGUGUCUCCUCCUCUUGGUUGGAUUUCAUGUGGAGAUCAGUGCUUCACUACACCAUUUGAGAAAGCUUUCAAGUCCAACAAAACCAAAAAGAAAAAACAGGCAAGGUAGAUUCAAGCAAUGGCAGAUGGGUAUUCAAAUACAACCGGCAGAAAUGGAGAUCUUCAAGAAGAAGAUGUCUGGGCAGUGGUGAAGGAAAGCUCAAGGGUUGAAAAAGCCAUCAUUUAUUCAUCAACUGGGUCUGGUUCAACAGCAGCAGCAUCAGCAUCAGCAUGGAGAUUAGCAUCUGCUCCAAAAGUAAUCUCCAUGCCCAAAACCCAUGAUCCAGGGGUGAUCAAUCAAACACAAUCAUCAACUGCAAUGAGCAUCCCUGAGUGGUCAAAGAUAUACAGAAAGAACCCAAAGAAAUUCGGGUUGGAAAAAGACGAAAAUGAAGAUGAUGAUGAUGAUGAUGAUGAUGAUUUAGAUGAUGAUGAUAAUGAAACGAUGCCUCCCCAUGAAUACGUUGCCAGGAAGAUGGCAAGAACUCGGAUCUCUUCCUUCUCCAUGUGUGAAGGCAUUGGAAGGACUCUCAAGGGAAGAGACCUCAGCAAAGUAAGGAAUGCCAUCUUAACCAGAACUGGUUUCCUGGAGUAAUUGAUCUCUUCCAUAUAUGGCUUUCGUCCAACCCUACAAUGUAAUAUACAUAUGCAAUUCAUCGUGAGGCUGGCUAUAUACAUUAAUAAAUAUCGAAAUUACUAUUAUACAAAAA